AUGAAUAAACCACGUUCAUCCAACAGUGAUGAUGAUAUGGUUGUAUUACAACAAGAAGAUGAAAAAGUUGAUAAACAAAUAGACAUAGAGAAAGAGAAGGACAAGAAAAAUAUAUCAACAAAGAUAAAGGAAUAUAAGAAGAAAAAGAAAAAGAAAAAUAUUAUCCCCAAGAAAAUAUUCAAACAUAUAGAUAAUAUAGACAAAUUAAAAUACGUGCGAAUUAAUAAUAUUGAUGAAAGGGAAAAAAAAAGUUAUCAUUUGAAAAAUAUAUCUGGGGGUAGGAUUAAAAAGAUAAAAAAAGAAAUAAAUGAUAAUAAAGAUGAAAUAAAGAAAAAGACGACAACAAAUAUGAAGAAGAAAAAAAAAAAAAAAAUUAAUAAUAAAAAAGUCAUUAAAAAAAGAAACAUGAUAAAUGAUAAAAAAAGUGUAGAAGAAAAAGAAUUCAAUGAAUUAAAUGAAAAUCAAAACGUCAUAAAAAAAAAUAUUGACAAUAAUUUAACUAAUAAUUAUAUGAAUAAUCAAAUAAAUGAUAUAAAAGAAAUGGAUAUCUUUCAAAAGGAUAGUAAGCAAUUUAAAUCUUUUGACAAAAAAAAAUACAUAAAAGAAAAUAACAAAAUAUCAAAUGAUCAUAUUAUUAAUGAUAAUAAUAUUAAUGAUAAUAUUAUUACUGAUAAUAUUAUUAGUGAUAAUAUUAUUAAUGAUAAUAUUAUUAGUGACCAUAUAAAGAAUAAAACAAUGUAUGAAAAUAACCUGUUUGAUGAAAUUAAAGAAGCAAUAAAAGAUGAUGUUACUAAGCAAAAUAGUCUUAACAAUUUGCACCUUCAAAUAAAAGCUGAAGAACAAUUAAUUCAUUCAAAUUAUGAUAAAAAAAAAAUUAACAAUCAUUUAUAUAAACAAGAAAAUAUAGAUAUAUCUAAUGAUAAACAAAAAUCAAACUCAUUAAUGAACUUAUCAAAAGAAUUAAAAAAUAAAAAUAUUCACAUUUUACAAUUUAAACAUGCUAAAAGUACACACACUUCUUUUUUGAAAAAAAUAAAUAAUCUCCCAAAUGAGAAAAAAAAAAAAAACAAAAAAAAAAAAAAAAUAAAUAAAAUAAUAAAAGACAAACAUAUAAAUAUUAUUAAUAAUAAUAAUAAUGAUAAAAAUGAAUUUUUACAAAAUCUUAAUUAUGUAAAAGAUAUAAAUUAUGCCAAUUAUAUAAAGACAGCUAAUUUAAAAUCGAAGGAAAAAAAAAAAAAAAAAAAAAAAAUCCAACAUCAUAUGGAUAUUUCAAAACGUGAGAAGAAACAUAUAUUGGAGAAAAAGACAAAAGAAUAUAAUCAACAAGUCAUAAGAAAAGGAAAAAUUAAAACCGAAAAGGGAGAAGAACAAAAAGAAGAACAGCUGCAUGUAGUGGAUAAAAAAUGUAGUGAUAAUAAAAAAGGUAGUGAUGAUAAACAAAGUAGUGAUGAUAAAAAAAGUAUUGACGACAAACAAAGUAGUGAUGAUAAAAAAAGUAUUGACGACAAACAAAGUAGUGAUGAUAAAAAAGGUAGUGAUGAUAAACAAAGUAGUGAUGAUAAAAAAAGUAUUGACGACAAACAAAGUAGUGAUGACAAAAAUAAUAGUGAUGACAAACAUAGUUGUGAUGACAAAAAUAAUAGUGAUGACAAAAAUAAUAGUGAUGACAAACAUAGUAGUGAUGACAAACAUAGUUGUGAUGAUAAACAUAGCAUUGCUGAUUCAAAUAAAAUUAUAGAAUCAUGUGCUGAAGAAAAAACAAGCAUGAAGAAAAAAAUCAGAUUCCAGCUGAAGUCCCAAAUAAAGAACAGAAAUAAAGAUAUAAAAACCAAAGAGAGAAAUAUAAAAAUAAAAAAUGUGCAAGAGAAAAAAAAAAGAAAAAAAGAGAAUAUUAUACUACCAGAUGAACAACACUUUAUUGUUAAAAAAGAGAGAAAUGAAAUAAAGCAAAAUUUGUUGAGUGAUGAAUCAGAACAUGUUUCUAUGAAGAGUCAGAUAAUGAAUGAGAAAAGAAUACAAGCUGAUGAGAUAUUAAAUAAAUAUAUCCAAAUGAGAGAAAAUGAUAAGUAUAAUAAUGAAGAUAUUACUAAAUAUAAUAAAAAUCAUAAGACAUGCUAUCCUUUUUUCAAAGGUGAUAAUAUAGUAUUAUUAGACAUAAAAGAAAAAAAAUUUAAUAUUGAUAUAAUAAAUGUUUUUUCUUCCAAUAAAAAUUUAGAAGAUAACUGUCAUGACAUUUUGUUUUUUUUUGAUUCGUAUGUUAAAAAAAAUAAAAAAGAAAAAAUGAAAAACAGUACAAAUUUUAUGAAGCCAUUGAAAAAAUUAUUUAAAUGUGAAUAUUUUGAAAUGGAAUGUAUUAAAUUGAUUAUCCACAUAUUUGAUAAAAUAAUUAGUAAAAUGAAAAAAGAGAUAAAGAUGGAAAAUAUAACAAAAUGUUUUGAAAGAGAUGAUCAUAGUAGUAGUUUUAUAUCACGUAUAAAAGAAAAACAAGACAUGCAAAAACGUAUGAACAAAGAAAAUAAUAGUAUACAAAAUAAUAUUAACAAGGAUUAUAAUAAUAAUAACAAUAAUUAUUAUUAUAAUGAUGAUAAGAAGAAUAUAUUUUAUAGUCCAUUUUUUGAUGAUAAUAUAUUAUAUAAUGACGAUCAUGAAAAACAAAAAAUUUACAGUAUAUUAUUUUAUAAUUCUGCUCAUAGUAAUCAUGCAUGGAAUGAGUAUCGAGUAUUUCAAAAACUUCUACAGUGGAAAGAUCAGAAGAAAUUAUUCAUGUUAAGAGAAAAACUAGAACAAAUGAAGAAAAAUAAAGAAAACCAAAAUGAACAUAAAAGAAAUAUGAAGAAUGUUAAUAAUUGUAUUACUAAUAAUAUUAAUGAUUAUGAAAAAAAUUGUUGUCAUAUAUAUCAUUCUUCAACUGGUAAUGAUAAUAUUUAUAAUAAUUAUUCCCACUAUUAUAAUAAUGAAGUUUCAUCUUGUAUUCCUUUGAGAAAGAUUAAUAUUCUAACAAACAAAAUUAUGUGUGCUCUAUUAAACUCUUGUUGUAUACAUGAUAAAAAAGAUAUUCUGACGACUUACAUGCAGAACGUUCCUUCAUACAAUUUUCCUAGGAGUAAACAGAAAUAUUGGAAUGUAAUCUUAAAUGAGGAAUUGCUAUAUAAUGAUAAAGUUAGCUACCCUUUAAGGAUAAGUGAAGCGGUGGGUACUUUAAUUUCAAAAUAG